AGAUAUUUACUUUAUAGCUAAAAAUUUAGUUGCGUCAUCAAAGCUUCCUGGUAGCAAACAUGGACUCCGUCAAAAUUAUUCUGUUCAUUCCUGUUAUCUGUGCCUUGCUUGCGGAACUGAAAGUACCGGCUGGAUCCUGCGUUUCCAAGAUCGUGAAGGGGAAACUCGUCCAAAUUGGAGAUUGCACGAAAAGCGAUGGAUCUGAAAUUGCCAGAUUGAUCAAGAAGAGUCUUGAUGAAAAGAAAAAAGCUGAAAACAAAUGUGACGUCACAUAUAAGACAAAAUGCUUCCAAAUAGUUGUGUAUAGUACACAUAACGUCACCUUCAAUGAUGCCGGACCAAUCUGCAAAUCAAUGAACAACAGAAAACUCGCGAAUAUCUACGAACUCGCGCAUUACCAGUCGCUGCUUCCUUAUCUUCGCUCACUGAUCCCUGCUGGAAUCGAAUGGAUUGAAAUCUGGACUGGAAUGGAGUAUAAGAACAAUCAGCUGUUGCUGUUAAGCGGAGAACCAAUCACUAUAGCAACUGAAGUGUGGUAUCCUAGUUACCCGACAUCCGAUGAAUCGCGUACAAAUGUUGUUGUUCAGAUCCAUAAAGAUCAAGAGUUUGGACGUCAGGGAAUGAUUAAUGCAAAACCAUCAUGGUCAAAGUAUGGUGUUAUCUGUGAAAUAUAAAACCAGCUUAAAACCUGACAAAACUACGCUGAAAGGCUGAAUAAUAUAAACGGCAAAGAGUUUUCCCUUUUUAUUACUUUUAUUAUUCCUUUACUAAUAUUAA